GGGGCCGCGCGAACGCAGGCCCCCGCUACCACAAAUUAUGACGUAGGCUCUCCCUCUUGGGGAGACCUUAGACUAAGCGCCCUUCCUAAGUGCAAUGGAAGUCACUAGCCUAGGCCAUGAGCCUUCUUGAUCGCCCAUUGACCCCGUCCAGGUAAGUAUGUUGGAAAGGUGUUCAAAGGUCUUUAUUUGUACAGCUCAGCGCUUGACUAAACUUCAUAUCCGGAUGAUGUGGGACGAAUUCCACCCGUGCCCUUACCGAAAGGAAAAGCACGCAUGAAGAAUGGGUCCUUCAAGCAAUUUCGUUACAGUGCUCUACUGGGUAAAGAUUUAUCAGAUUUUAGGCCACGUAAGGCAAAGUCAAAGAUAGGACUUGAGAACCUCCCCUUGUUCUUCUUCGUCUUGCUUCUCCGUGGUGCCUAGCGCUGACGCCUAAAGCCACUCUUACUGGGUUUCUCUGCUCUUCAAUUCUUGAUCUUGAGAUAUACCAAGCAGAUAAUAUGGAAGACAACUGCCAAAUCAAGAAAGAUGUCACUGCAGUAAUGUUUCAUGCUUUCAAAUAUUUUAUGAUGGCUUAUACAUCUUCAGUUGCACGACAUUAAUAGGCAAUACUCCAAUGGUGUAUCUCAAUCACGUUGUGGAGGGUUGCGUUGCACGAAUUGCUGCCAAGUUGGAGAUGAUGGGACCGUGUGCUAGUGUUAAAGACAGAAUUGCAUAUAGUAUGAUUCAAGAUGCUGAAGAUAAAGGCUUGAUUACACCAGGGAAGACUAUCCUCGUCGAGCCUACUGCUGGUAACACGGGAAUUGGACUGGCAUCCUUUGCUGCAGCCAAGGGUUACAAGGUUAUCCUUGUAAUGCCUUCAAAGAUGAGUAUUGAAAGAAGAAUUUUGCUCCGAGCUUUCGGAGCUGAGGUCUACCUGGUAGAUUCAAGAAAAGGCUUAAAAGGUUGUAUGGACAAGGUCGAGGAGAUAAUAAGCCACACACCCAAUGGUUAUGUGCUCCAGCAAUUUGAAAAUCUCACCAAUCCAAAGAUCCAUUAUGAGACCACUGGUCCAGAAAUAUGGAGAGACUCAGGAGGGAAAGUUGAUGUGCUGGUUGCAGGAGUAGGGACUGGUGGUACAGUAACUGGUGCAGGGAAAUUCCUUAAGGAGAAAAACAAAGAUAUUGAGGUUUAUGGAGUUGAACCAGCAGAAAGUGCUGUCUUGAAUGGAGGAAAGCCUGGCCCGCAUAUGAUUCAAGGAAUUGGUGCCGGUAUCAUUCCUCCCCUUUUGGAUGCUGACAUACUAAAAGAUGUUCUGCAAGUCUCAAGUGAGGAAGCCAUUGAAACUACAAAGCUCCUUGCCUUGAAAGAGGGUUUGCUGGUUGGUAUAUCAUCCGGAGCUGCAGCUGCUGCUGCAAUAAGGUUGGCUAAAAAACCAGAAAAUACCGGAAAACUCAUUGUUGCAAUUUUUCCCAGCUGCGCAGAGCGGUAUUUAUCUACAGCAUUGUUUGAUUCAAUUAGGCAUGAGGCAGAAAACAUGGAAGUACACAAUUGAGGUGAUUUUCACCAGUCCUGGAGAGCUUUUUCUGUCUACUCAGCUGUUUGAUUCAAUAAGGCACGAGGCGGAGACUAUGGCUUUUGACUGAGUCUUAUCUUUCAGAUAGUUUGCAAGGUCUAACUUUGUGUUUGUGUAACACUGUGAUUCAGACAUAAAAAACACAAUGCAUUUUCAAGAUGAUAGAUAUUAGUCCAAAUGGUUAUCAUAAAGUUGUAUUAUAUGCUGUAAACAACUCAUGUACUCGGCUUAUGGACUUUCUUAAAUUGUAUCUUUUGAUAGCUUUUCCUUCUGAAAGGGACCGGAUCUGGUAUUCGUGCUCA